UUUCCUUCUUUUUUUUGUGGCCUCCUCCAUGUAUUUUUGAAUAAUUGUCACCACUUUGGCAUUCUGACGACAUAAAAGCGCUCUAUGUUUGAUACUAUUGUCGACACCGUACGAACCGAAGCUGCUGUUCAGGGGCCCAGAGGAAUUACAUCAAAAAAACUUUGGGAAAUUGUUCAAACAACAAUUACCAAAAGUGCGAGCAGCAUCAGUGAAGAAUAUGCCAGCAACCCACCAUGCAUCGAUUUAGCCUACAAAUGCUGCUUAUGGCCUAUUUUACUUCAAGAUCAGCAUUUGGAAUUCUACGAAGAUCUGAACACGAUUGUUCAAAGCGAGCCGGCAGCUCCGCAGCAAGCAGCACAAUCGACAGAAGAAGCGCCGCAACUCUCCGCUGCAGUAGCUGAAGAUACUGCAUCGUCAUCAACAACGACAAAGAGCAAAGCUCCUUAUCAAUCAAAAGCAAAAGGCAAAAGUCGUGCACAUCCAAAAAGAUCGAAGGCUCCAGCGAAAAGAAAAGCUGCUAAAAAACCCGCAAAGAAAGCCAAAAAACGAGCAGCUGAUCGUGACGAUGAUGAUUAUAGCAGCGACGGAUAUGAACCACCCAGUGAUGAAGAGGAGAGCCCCGAUGACGAAGAAGAAUAUGCAGAAGAUUCCGAUGAAAAAGAUGAAGAGGAAGACGCGAAAGAAAAAGCAGCUCCAGAACCUAAAAAGUCUACCAAGGCUGAAGUGGAUCCAUUGGCAAACGCUAUGAAAACGAACUAUAAGCGCAUCGAUGACAUCAAAGAACUCGGUUUUGACAAAGUCGAACAAAUGUAUGGCACGCGACUUCGAGUGUUAGCUGACAAAAAUCUGCAAACCGAGCAGUUAUACAUCGGCACACCUCCCACUGCACGAUCGAUGUCUUCAAAUCUCCAAAUUGUCUUCACGGUCAUUUUGCAAGCGGGACUCCAAGGUAUCACGCAAGCUGCUUUAACCAAAGUACUCGAUUUGGAUCCUCGUUCAGCUGGACAUUAUGUAAAAGUUCUGGAGCAAAAGGGAGCGAUUAUCCGCAAGCCUAUCAAUCACAACGGAAUAAGAACAAAUAUUUGCAUUCACGUCCGAUACAGCAAGCAGACAGAUGAUGAUGGCAUUAUACAAGGAUUAAAAGCGUAUAACGUUAACGCGUCUGGCGUCGCUUUCACGGUGAAGCGUCUGCGAGCUCGGAUGAUUGAUUUACUCACAGAUGCCAAAGACAAUGUCAUGUACACCGAUGAUAUUUUGAGCGCUUUGGGAUUUAAUGCGAAAGAUAAGUUUGUCAAAAAAUGGUAUCAUCGCUCCAUCGACGAACUUUGCACCAAGAACGUUUUCCGUAAAGUAAUAGGUGCUACGACCAAAUCACGGACAUCUCGGUGCGUUCAGCUGGUCGAUCCAAACCAAGCUAUUAAAGAAAUGGAUAGCUCUCCGAAAAUUACCGUUAACCAGUACAAGCUUCCAAUGGAUGAUGUUAAAAGACUUAAAGGAGGUACAGGGCUCUUGUUGAAGCCGCGUCACGCCGAAAACCGACCUGGUGGCGGACAAUAUUACGAUACGACGGUGGAGAGUCAGUUAGUAGACGUUCUUCAAGCUGCUGGUACGAACGGGGCUACUCAAAAGGAAAUCAUGUAUACGUUAAGUUAUGGCGAGCAAAAGGCAAUGCACAAAUUGCUGGAGAUAAUGACUGGUUUGAAACAGAAACCUGAAGAAUUGAAGUAUACAGCCUGCCGCGAUUUUGAGUUCGAAGGUCGUGUUAGGCGGUACCGAUACUAUAGUUAUCAAGCUUAUCAGAAGCUGAAGAAUAAUAUUGAUGUUGAAGUUUCUGGCCCUCCCUUGUACGAAAUUGCAGCCAGCAAACUUAAGGAGGUCGACAUCUUCAAGCAAACGAGCGAAUUUGUAUUGAAGAAAGGAGCGUGCUCUAGAAGCAAAGCGAAGGCGACUCAGCCGAAGUCAACAACCGAAAAGGCAUCACCAGAACCAUUAGAAACGACUGUUACCGAGUCUCAACCACCUGUAAUUGCAUCAUCAUCUAAUAGAAACGAUGCUGCUUCACUUGCUUCAGAAUCAAGCAGUCAGCCAAGCAAGCUAGCACCGAUCUUUCAACCCCGAAAAAAAGUUACCAGAAAUGCUGCUUCCCAGGACGAUAAUACGCAAGAUAAUAACAAUACGGAAACCAAUACACCGGCGACCAGAAAGCGAGCGCGUCGUGGAACGUUGGAUACCGAAAGCUCUACCAGUAAAGCUCCCAAGAAACGUGGUCAGGCAUCUCGACAAACUGCGACUUGCAACGAUGAAGCGACAGAACAAGCAGAAUUACCUGCUUUAGAUACAACAGCAGUCGAAGCAACCAAGACACCUGUGAGACGCGGUCGUUCCUCUAAGAAACAGCUAGAGACGUCAGACGCUACAAUACCAAUCCAGGCGCCUGAAAUCCGAGAAGUGUACACCGCAACUCCUGUGCCUCCUAAAAAACGUGGUCGUCUUUCAAAGAAGCAGAAAACUAUCACCGCUAGCAAAGAGACGCCAGAUGGACCAAUGCUAAAAAAUGCAGAACAAACCAUCGAGCAGCCACUACCACCGACUGCACAUUUGGAGAGCCGCGAUACAUCAACGACAGUUCAGCAGCUGACAGAAGCAUCCACGUCUGCCGUAAAAGAACCUUCAACACAUGAGCAAGUGCAUUCGCCACCAAUCGUCGCUGCCUCACCACGCCGAGGAAAUCUAUUCGACUAUUUCGCGACAUCAAGGGGUAGUCCAUCUUCACCCAGAACUGACCAAGGUACCCGAAUUAGAACAUAUGAAACAUUGCCACCGCCACCGCCACCGCCACCGCGUAGCCCAGGAAGAUUGUAUCAGCAGCUGGUUGAAGUUCGAGUAAACGCCCAGCCCAUUGAGGGACCUGAUAACCAAGAAGAUGUGGACAUGCAAGAUCAGCGAGAUGCCAUUAACCCGUCCAAGACAACAGUAUCAGCGACGGUCAGCGAUCAUUCCCAAAUUAUGGGUAAACGCAAACGCAAAAGCAACAGUGACGGUACCAACGUUGUACGCACCAAGUCAGGAAUCACCUCUGCGCGACAUGUACGACGCGGAACCAAUGUCUAUCAAGAACAGCGCCAAAAGACCUUGCUGGCUCUACUGGAAGAACAGCCCAUCUGGGAUCGCAGCCACGAACUGAAGAAAGUUUUCCUUGAGAAAAACAAGCAGCUGUAUCCUGCGGAAGCGAGGCGACCUGGGUUGUGUAUGAAGACCUUGUGGAAAACCGCGGCAGAACUCGCCGAGCUUGGUCUUGCCCAGCUGCAUGAAUUGGAGCUUACACAUUUGAAUGGCACACAGAGUACAAAGCUGCUAGUGCUACGACGUGAUUUGGACAAGAACGGUCCUGAAGUGCAGGAGUACACGGAAUUUAUGAGAGAGAAAAAGGCCCUACGCUCAUCACGUGCGCGCAAAAUCUCAAGAUAUGAGAGACUGGACAAUAAGGUCGAGCGUCUUGAGGAACGAUUGGAACGCAUGGAAGAAGAGUACGACGAGCUCGAGGAUAAGCAAGGAUUGAACGCUAUGCGUCUUGACGAAGAAAUCAAGCUCAUCAAGGCAAACAUAGGCAAGGUGACCCAGAUCGAAGAAACUAUGGACGCCGGACAAGGCUCGACUGGAAACUGGCUCAUGAUUGCCAUUCAAUUUGGCUUCGUCCCUUCCCGUAUGAUACGUGCCAAACUUCUUCACCAGCAUGUGUUUGGACUCCUUAGUCAAGAUAUUGACGGUGUCGACCGAGAGAAUAAGACAAUCAAGGCGUCGACCAUCAUCAGCUGGAUGACCAUGCAGCAGUACUGCCAAAUCAUCGGUGUCUAUGUUCCAUACAAAGCUCUAAUUGAGUUUACAGAAGAUCGCGCAAACAUGGACAAAUACAUAUGGGAACUCCCGAACCCAGUCAAAUCGAAGGUAUUCGCCUCAGCAGCCAAGUUCCGGCAUCGCGUUCGAUCGCACAUGGACAUUCUAAAAGGUCUGGGUGUGGUCAAGCCUAAGGAUAUGCAGCUAGCAGAGUACGCGCGCUUCGGAGAGGACUCGAAAGAUUUGCCAGACUCGUACGAGCUGAUCACAAAGGUGGCCCUUCGAGAUUAUCGUACGAGCGACCAUCGAGUACUCAAUGAGUACACCAUCGAAACACCCAGCGACAUCAUGAUCUAUUGGAGUGACCUGCAGUAUAUAUGCACCAAUACUGAUCAAUCUGCGGAAGUGCCAGACGCUGCAGUGGAGGAGACCGAGGAAAUCCGGGAACUCAAGAAGAUAUUGCUCACCCUGAAGAAUUGGAGUCCGAAUAUCGUCACUCGUGAGCUGCGCGAUAAACUCAAUACAUACAUCGAUGUGAAAGAAAAGACAACGCCUGCAGAUAAUACAGUCAUUUGCAAAAUUAUUUCUACGGAGCUCAAUGUUCAUGUGUCGUUGGUUCAAGGUUAUUUCAAGAAGAUGGAAAAUGCUUUCGAGCGCCAACAAAAAUCGGGUUUCCGGAAGUUGACUGCUCGACUCGAACACUCAUUAAAGCCGAAACGCAGACGACAACGAAAACGCAGAGAUGAAACAAACUUGAUAAAUACAAACCGGGUGUUCGAAAGAACAACCAGAGGAAGCACGAGACUACGCUUGUUGAAGGCUAUGAAGGAACAAGCGGGUGAUCUUGAGCAAACAGAUACUGCCAAAGAGUUAUAUCUGGAUGAUGAAACCGAAAUUCCAUUUGUUGAAAGCAACAACCAAGUGGAAUUGGCUCGUUUGCGUCGUGUUAUUCGCAGAAGUUGGACAGCUGAAGAGGACGAACUUCUGGUUUAUUGCUAUGUGAUUAUGAAACACCAUGCCAAAUACCAUCGACAUCGGUUUUACUGGACUGUAGCAUCCUCGGUUAUACCUCCUCGCACACCACAACAAAUGCGCCAUCGUUUCAACAAAAUAAGGGUUCUACCAGCUAUCCUAGAGUAUAUUCUUACUCUUGAAACACUUUGGCCCAAACUCUAUCUUGAAGGUUUAGACGAAGGAGUCUAUCCAGAAGAGCCAAACGAUUCAGUGAACUAUGAUAUUCUCGGGCAAUUAAGCUACUUCAUCCAACGACUGCAGGAUGUGAAUAGUGCAAAAGCGCGCGUCAUCCUGUUGCCGUCGACUAUCGAGUCGCUGCAUGAAAUGUAUGAUGUCGAGCGUACCAUAAAUUCAGCGAAUAUUGCAUUUAAGAUCGAAGACCAGUACCACGGUGGUUCGAGUAUGCGGGCAAAGAACCGUGUUUUGAUCAAGGGAUACCUAACCCUGGACGCAUCUUCGGAGUUCCAGGUAGACGACUUGGCUCCCGAACACAUCACCGAGCUUAAACCACAACGAAGAGCAGUGGAACUCCUUAAAGCAUUCAAUAGAAUGAUUUUGCUGACGCCAUAUGAAUUCUAUGACCCUUUUUUUGCGCACGCCGUCGUUAGUCACCAACCUAACGAAAUUGUUCAACAGGCAGUCAAUGAAAUGCACUCAUUAGGCCAGAUAGUGAAGAGUAAAGGCGAGCGUAUCAAUAACAGAAGACUGCCGGGAAUGUUUUGGAAUCUUUCAAAGAGAUACAUGAAUGAUAUGGCAUGUACGCUGCCUACAAACUUCUUCUUACAAGCGAAGGAAUAUAAAAAAUAUCUGCUCUCACAUGGUAAAUCGUCUUUUAUACCGAUCCUUAUUAGCAGUGGUAUGAUGGGAUGUGUACUUGAUUUAUUGUCUCAGCACAAGCUGGUCUUGUCAUUAAAAGACGAAACACAAGAACGAGAAAAAUAUUUGGAACCGAUGCAUAAGUCGCGCAGACUUGACCCAAGCGUGCUUGAUUUCGACGUUGAUAUUGCAUGUGACACCUCAACCGAAGAUGACAACAGCUCGUCCACGAAUAUCCUUACGCAAGCAACUCCACAAUCGUCAUGUGUGACACCGCUUACGCAUGAAAAUAUGGAGGUAACAUGGUCUGGCUUUUGUAGCAGCCAGGCACCCAGCAUUCGACCGAUUCUCAAAGUCAUCAUGGGUUUAUUGCAAGAAACUCAAGACACCGGUGCAACGUUGUUCGAAAUCAAGGACAAGUUACUUGAAACCUAUCCGGAAAUGGAAGACACCGAAAUUCGUAAAUGUAUCAAGUUACUUUGUGAGUCUCGACCGCCAUUUGUGCACAGGGUUGGUUUCGCAUCUUUCCGAUACGUAACAACCAAUUACCUUGACAACUGGGUCAUCCACACACGAGGUCUCAAGGCGCUCACGCCUUCGUCUGCUGAAGCUGCUGAUCGUGCGAACUCUAUGAAUGAAAAGCGAACGGAUGUAAUAGACACUCGACUCUGGGUCGAUAUCAAUGGCUCGGUAACGAAAGACCCACUGAACGAGAGUCUUCAGGUGGUCUUCCAACGCGUCAUGGAGCGCCCUGGUAUUUUGGAACGAGAAGUGCGGCGAUUAUUUGACAGUCUCCUCACCUACGCUGAGGUCAAGGACCUCCUAGAUAUGCUUGUCGCUUGUGGUGCCAUUCGCAAGCUCACAAUGGUGUCUACUGGAGCAAAGAAAAACACUCUUUUCUCCAAACCACGCAAAUAUACCAAAGCUGCUGAUCCUGACGUAAUUGACCCUACUGCGCAAACUAGUUAUUUCGCCUGUCUAAAUUUCUCCCAAAAGUUAGCCCAAACGCAAACACAAAGCCCUGAAUAAAAAUUGCAGAUUCUUUGUACACGAUUUUUUUUGGUACAAAGAUACGUACGGUUGCUGAGUAGAUUUUCAUCAUCAUCAUAAUCAUCAUCAUCAGCAGCAGCAGCAGCAUGGUGUUUUAUAUGUACGCCUUGGUCGUCGAGCUCCAGUU